CCCCUAAUACAGUGCCCACACCAUCAUCACACCACACCAAGAUAGGUUUUGUUUUUGUUUUGAGUCUCGUCCGACGCGAAGCAGCGAUAGGAGACGAAAGUACGAAAUCAUCGUCGCUACCUACAUAGUGAUAACGCAUAACGUGAUAAUGUUUUGAUUCCAAUACGCAUCUUAGCUGUGGUGUUUUAGAUUUGCCCAUUCUAGCCGUACGUAAGAAUAGGAUCUGGUAAAGCUUAAUUGUGGAGUUAUCACUACCCAAAUUCCCAUUGAAUCUCAAGUGCCAAAUUUUUAUUGCAUUGCAACUAGCUGCGAGAAGCAGAAAUCCAAAGGGUUUUAGAGGUGCGCAGCAAAGUCAACGAACAGGCGUAAUCCGUCGUUAUAGUAAGAUGAUGAUAAGAUCUACCCGUGAAGAGCAUUGCUGAUAACUGCACUAUUUGCUAGCAGUGACUGAGGUGUGAACGACAUCGUCGUUCGAAGUGCACAAGUCGCGCAGCCACACAGCGGAGUGACAAUGGAUGAAGGCGAAGUAAAUGGAUAUCGUGAAGAUACGCCCGCAGUUGCCAACGCGGAAGAGAACAAGUUGGAGAAGAAAUAUCGAUAUUUUAUCUUGGAGCCAGCUGUUCUGUUACUAUUCUACGCGUGGAAUGUGUCAUCGGCCGUCUUCACGAACCAGAUCGUGUACCAAGCAUGCACGGUCACCUUCAAAAUCAACGAAACUUUGUGCGCUCAGCUCGGAACAGAAAACGAAACCGAAGCCGAAAUCGAAAAACUCGAGCGACUGGUUCAACCGUACACCGCCAACAUCUUGAUGGCCAAAUCUUUGAUCGAGUCCAUCAUUCCGGCACUAUGCAGUAUGUUCAUCGGUCCGUGGUCGGACAAAUAUGGUCGAAAGCCGGUCAUCAUGUCCACGUUCAUUGGUUCGUUCCUCACCUACGGUCUGUUGGCGGUGAUAUGCUUUCUGUCCGGUCGAUACGACAUUGACCCGUGGUACUACAUCUUGGCGUACAUCCCAGCGGCCCUGUCCGGUGGAAACUGUGCUCUCAUCACGGGGGUGUUCUGCUACAUUACCGACGUGACUAGUGAGCAGAAUCGAGCAGUCAAAAUGGGAGUCUUGGAGGCAGCAAUAUUUUUGGGACUCCUGUUAGGAGUUCUGAGCAGUAGUUACAUACUGCGCUGGACGAACGCCAUAACGGUGUUUGCAAUUGCAGCGAUAUCCAUUUUCUUAGGUAUUCUGUACAUCAUAUUCUACAUCGAAGAGAGUAUACAACCCGACGAGCUGGCCAACUCAACGAACAAAUUGCGGGAGAUGUUCCGUUUCGAAUUGGUUUCCGAUCUGAUCCAUACCUGUUUCAAACGAAGGCCUAACUUCGAUCGCGUGAUCAUCUGGUUGGUAAUUGCUGCUCUUGGGGCAAGCAUUUUUGCACUAGAGGGCUCCGGAACGGUGUAUUUCUUAUUUCUACGAGAACGAUUCGGAUGGACUGUGAAGGAAUAUUCGUUCUACGAUGCCACCGCCAUAGUGGUCAUGAUCAUAGGCAAUCUGGUUGGUAUGUACGUUAUGAAGAAAUUUCUCAACUUGUCGGAGAGUGUUCUAUCGGCAAUAGGGUUCUGCUCAUAUGCCAUCGUCAGCGGAAUUCAUGCGAUAGCCUACGAACCUUGGCAUCUUUAUCUAGCGCUAAGCGUGGGAAUGAUGAAGGGUAUCGCCGGUCCGAUGGGACGUGCAGUGAUCUCCAACACGGCCCCAGCAAACGACAUCGGUAAAAUCUACUCGCUAACGACGUCGAUCGAGUCACUAACCCCUUUGGCGUCGGCACCGAUCUACACCUACGUCUACAAGCUGACAAUGUCCUGGUUCCCGGGAGCGUUUAAUCUCAUUAGUGCAAUGAUAUUCUUCUUCUGUUUGUGUUUCAUGCUUUUGGCCAGAGUGUUCCAGGGGAUGUACCAAGCGACAACCUACACCUCAAUAAACUAAUAUUAAGGAAAUUUUAAAACAUAUGAUAUUAGACGAUAUUAGAUCUUUUAAUUGUUAACUAUUUUUGAAAUAGUAUUAUAUAAAUUUAGUUUUAUUCAAACAAAUCAAAGAACUGGAGUCAAUUUGAAAUUGAGCAGAAAUGCAAUAUUUUUUGUAAA